AUGAGUGUUAUAUUGAAGGAGAUUGAUGAUUCAGUUGCCAAAAUUCGAGAUGCUAUGAAGUAUAUCAGAUCUUCAAAUUCAAGAUUAACUAGGUUUAAGGGAUAUAUUACACAAGAGAAUAUUCCACAUAAGACUCUUGUUUGCCUAGAUGUUGAAACGCGAUGGAGAUCUACAUACUUAAUGUUAGUAGCAGCCUUAAAGCAUCAAAAGGCAUUUGAGCUAUUAGAGAUGCAAGACAAAAAAUUUGUUGAAGAAUUAAACAAGGGAAGAGGGGUACCUUUAAUUCAAGAUUGGGAUUAUGCUAAGUUCGUCUUACCGUUUUUAGAGAUGUUUUGCUAUGCUACACUUCGCAUCUUUGGAUCCUCUCAUAUCACUAUUAAAUUAUACAUGAAAGAAGUGUUUGCUCUUGGAAGGAAAAUUCAACAAUAUCAUGAUAAUGAUGAUUUGAGCAUAAGUCUUAUGGCAAGUAAGAUGAAAGCACAAUACAACAAGUAUUGGGGAAAUGCAAAAACUAUUAACAUGUUGAUGUUAAUUGCCGUAGUUCUAGAUCCCUUCCAUAAGUUGGAUUAUGUUGAGUGGUGCCUAGUUAAUUCUUUUGGUGCAGAAGUGGGUGGUGAAUUGAAGACAAAGUUGUCUUCUUGUCUUCAUUCACUUUAUAAUUUAUAUCAAGGUGCAGAUGAAGGAAACCAAGAUGAUACCCUCUCCCAACCGAGUGCAAGUGAUAAAGCCAAAGAAAUUUAUGAUACGGGGUUAUAUCAUCGAUCAACCGGUCGCAAAUCCAAUCUUAAAUCUGAGCUUGAUCGUUAUUUGAAUGAAGACUGUGAGCCAGAUGAUAAGCCUUUGUAUAUUCUAGGAUGGUGGAAGGAUAACUCGAAUUGGUUUUUCGUCUAA